GAAGGAGCUGAUCUCGUUUUGAUUUCUGCAGCUUUGACGUGUUUGUGCUCCGACUGCAAACAAGCAAACUCCACGUGUGAAACGGACGGCGCGUGCAUGGUGUCCGUCUUCAACCUGGAUGGUGUGAAACAUCACGUUCGGACCUGCAUUCCUGAGGCAAAACUGAUCCCUGCUGGGAAACCCUUCUAUUGCCUGAGUUCCGAAGAUCUGCGUAAUACUCACUGCUGCUACUCCGAUUUUUGCAACAAAAUUGAUUUAAUGGUUCCCAGCGGACACCUGAAAGAUAACGAACCCCCAUCCAGCUGGGGUCCUGUGGAGCUGGUGGCGGUGAUUGCUGGACCUGUCUUCCUCGUGUUCGUGGUCAUGAUCAUCGUCGUCUUUGUUUUUCACCACCACCAACGGGUCUACCACAAUCGUCAGCGGCUGGAUAUGGAAGACCCCUCUUGUGAGAUGUGCCUGUCGAAGGAUAAGACUUUGCAAGACCUGGUCUAUGAUCUCUCCACCUCUGGCUCUGGCUCAGGUUUGCCGCUUUUUGUCCAGCGGACCGUGGCUCGGACAAUCGUCCUUCAGGAGAUCAUCGGCAAAGGCCGCUUUGGGGAAGUGUGGCGUGGCAGAUGGCGUGGAGGUGAUGUGGCUGUAAAAAUCUUCUCUUCACGUGAGGAGCGGUCCUGGUUUAGGGAAGCGGAAAUAUAUCAAACUGUUAUGCUGCGACAUGAGAACAUCCUGGGAUUUAUUGCUGCAGACAACAAAGAUAAUGGCACGUGGACUCAGCUGUGGCUUGUCUCCGAUUACCACGAGCACGGAUCUCUCUUCGACUACCUUAAUCGAUACACGGUGACUAUUGAGGGGAUGAUCAAGCUUGCCCUGUCUGCUGCGAGUGGGCUGGCCCACCUACACAUGGAGAUCGUGGGAACUCAAGGAAAGCCUGGCAUUGCUCACAGAGACUUGAAAUCCAAGAACAUCUUGGUGAAGAAGAAUGGCACAUGUGCCAUCGCUGACCUCGGCCUGGCCGUCCGGCACGAUUCAGUUACGGAUACGAUUGAUAUUGCACCGAACCAAAGGGUCGGAACCAAACGAUACAUGGCACCUGAAGUCUUGGAUGAAACCAUUAACAUGAAGCAUUUUGAUUCAUUUAAGUGUGCCGAUAUCUAUGCUUUGGGCUUGGUCUACUGGGAGAUUGCUCGAAGGUGCAACGCAGGAGGUAUCCACGAAGAAUAUCAGCUUCCAUACUACGACCUCGUACCCUCUGAUCCUUCGAUUGAGGAGAUGCGGAAGGUUGUAUGUGAUCAGAAAUUAAGGCCUAACAUCCCAAACUGGUGGCAAAGCUACGAGGCACUACGGGUGAUGGGUAAGAUGAUGCGGGAGUGCUGGUACGCCAACGGAGCGGCUCGGCUCACCGCCCUCCGCAUUAAGAAAACCCUCUCACAGCUCAGUGUCCAGGAAGAUGUGAAAAUCUAGGCUCUGAGCCCCAGCAUGAGGAAACUGCACAAAGCUGCCAUGCUAGAGUAGACGUGUGACGGAGGCCUACCUCGUGUUUCUGCCCAAUCUACUGCUACCAACCAGACAGCGUGACCUGCAGGCUGCUAGGUGGGGUGACAGAGCCUCUUGAAUUGCUCUCUUCCCUGCUUGGGUAUGAAACAAUCAGAAACCUUUUACGAUCACCUCCUGACAGCGUGAAGACUUGAGAGGGACUUACCUGAGGGAUCUCAGCCAUGAUCGUAACUCUUGUUUCUUUAAUGGAAAUCCCUGUAAAGUUCAGUGCGCGUGACGCACCCGUUGGCAGUGUUUUGAGGCCGGGGUGCUAGGUGCUGGGAGUGGGAAGGGAAAGGGAAGAAGGUUUUCUUGCCAUGCUCUGAGGGUUUUCCAAGGACUGGCACGUUAAUGCAGAAAAGGCAUUGCAACACAAAUGGUGCUCCCUUCUGAGAGGCUGAGCCUGAACAGUUGAUCAGCUUCGUGAAACCAUUUCCCUCCUUUUUCUUAAGCUUGAAAAAUUCUAAGUCAAAAAAAAAAAAACAAAAACACAAGAAAAACAACAAUCUGACUGGCUGUCAGUGUGCGCAAUGGUGUAUGCAUGCGCAAGGUGCGCGUGUCCCCUGUGCCUGUUCAUCUCCUUCCGUAGACGUGCAGUGUCUGCCCGUAGGGUGGCUCAUCUCCGUUCGUGCUUUCUGUGCAUGUGCAAAUCUAGAGUGUCCCUUUUUUGAGCUGUGCGUGCUGGUGCUCUCCUUGUUCUGUAGUGAGCGUUGUCUGGCUUGGACAGGCUGCUUAGAACCAGAUCCUUAGCUCUCCGAUGGGUGCUGUGGCCUCGCCGCCCGUUCUCCGGCUGCAGGAACUUCCCAUCAGGUUGCCUCACUGCCACCCCCUCCCUAUUUUAUUUUAUUUUAUUUUUUUAAGACAAAACAAGGAACUGACUUCGCUCGCGGAGUCCGGGCUUUUUGCCUUGAUUCCCUGGGGUUUGAAUUCUUGGUAGCGCGGAAAGAAAGCCGGGGGAGAUGCCACGGAGCUGAGAUGCGUGUCGGAGACGGAGCAGGCACUGAUCCCAACUGGAAGGAGAUCAGGCCGUGGGGAAACGCAGGAGACCGUUCUUGUAGGAACGCGAUUCCUGAGUCCACCAUCGAGGCACCCUCGCGGGAGCGCUCUGCAGCUUGGGGCAGACCGCGAGGGGCCGGGUGUCUGGCGCUGCUCUGCACCUCCCGAGAGGCACUCAGCACUUCGCAGGAUCUGACGGUGGGGUGUGGGUUUGGAAAUCAACGUCCGUCUUUUUAAUAUACAUAUAUAAAUAUCUCAUAAUCUGGAAGUGGCUGUGUAUCACUUGUGGGGUGGGGGGAACUGCAUGACUUUUAUUUUGAUUAAAUGCCGAAUCAGGGUGAGGUAGAGUUGGUUCGACUGUUGUCUGCAGCUGGGCCUAGCAAAACCAGAAGUAGCUUGAGGACUGAGUCUGUCGUGCUGCCUGCAGCAUCAGAGGCAAUCUGGGAAGCGUUGCUUGGUGGUUAGGUCAGUAUCUACGGUAUAUAACUCUGAAGCCAUAACUUUUAACUGGAGUGGUUUUGAUUAUUUUUUAUUAUUAUUAUUAUUUUCUGGGAGGGCCUGGAUUUUAACUUUUUUUAAUGUUGUUAAUUCUUUAUAAGAGAAGAAAAACAAUCUAGAAUUAUUACCUCUUGACCUGUUUGUUUGUAAAGAAAUCACUGCAAAAAAAAAAAAAAAAAAAAAGAAAAAAAAAAAGGAAAACCAAAUGCACACAGCUCGAUUUACACUGGAACUGUUUCUAUUCAAACCUUGCGCCUGUUCUGUAAGGUGAGGUUUCAUCUCUGCUCCGGCCGCCGGGGUUAAUGUUUUUUUUUUAAACACUCUCUUCUUGCUGUCUGUGUAUCUGUCCGUGUGUCUGUCUUUCCCCUGACCCCCAAUCUUGUCCGUGACUUUAUCUGUGUAAAGUGAGGAGUGUUUUUUUUUUUUUUUUUUUUUUCGCAUCGUGUUUGGAGCCGUUUUGCAUCCUCCCGUGGAUUUUUAGCUGUCGGGCAGCACGAGGCUGCCCCGGGAGGGCCUGGUUCAUGGAGCAGCGUGGAGGUGUGCGCUUUGUGAAUGUACAGCUUCCCUUCCCUUUCCGAUUUGUUCUGCCUCGUUCCCCAGCCAGGGGCUACCUUGUGUCUCCAGUACCGUCCGUCCCUUAACCAAACCCUUCUGCAUUUAGAAACCGCGGUGGUGGGCACUUCACAGACAACCCUAAAGGCUCUCCGGCUGCUGUAACGGGACCCUGGCGAUGGCCCCAUCCCAGCGGGUUGGGGAGGAAAUCUUAGCGACUGUGAAAUUAACUGCCGUAGGAAAGCCCAUCACGCCGGUAGGUACGUCCGCCGCGCGCUCCUCUGCGAGCGCCGCGCGUUCUCCUUUCAGAGUACGAGUCUCCUGUCCCUGUUAACUGUGCGGGCUGCUUUUCGAGGACACUAAAUCAGCUACGUAACUUGCACUGAUUCACUCACCCGCCCCUCCAACUGUAGCCACACAUGCAUCUGCCUCAGCGCUAAACCAAACAGCAGACAGCGGAGCGGAUCGAGGUGGAAGGGGUGAGGGCAGGAUGGCAGGGCAUCCCCUACAAGGAGGAUUAGAGAAGCCUGGUUUUCGUAGAGAAAACGCCAUCAGAAGAUACUCAAAACUGAGUAGGAUCUGAGGUGGGAACGCUGACUAUGUAGCAUUUACACAGCACUUUUCAUGCAAAACACGUGCCGGGGAGGUGCAGUGCUUACUUAGCUGACUGGUAGCAAACAUAGGAAUCACUGCCCGGCUCUGAAACGUGCCCGGCUCAGAGGUAGCUGCAGCAGCUGUUUAAAAAAUGCAACACUACAGACAGAUCAGGACAAGAGGCUGACGCCGCAGCAGUGGGGAACCAGGAGGGGAGACGUCAGAUACUCGCAAAUCGCCUUGGGGAGGGGCAGAGGUACAGAGCUCGUGCUUCUUGUCUGUGGCGCAGGGUUAAUCGGUGGUACGCUGGCUUCAGAACAGAUCUCAUGGUACUUAAUCUGCCCCUUUUAUUUGUUUGGUUUUGUAUAUUUUAUUAGAAAUGGACUGUAAAAUAGCCACUUAGACACUUUACCUCUUCAGUAUGCAAAUGUAAAUACAAUGUAAUAUAGGAAAUCUUUUGUUUAAUAUAAAACAAGGCUGUCGAUUUCUGCUGUACAUUAUUAAAAGUUUGUUUUAUUCA